GCGAAUGGUAAAAUUGAACGGUUUCAUAGAUCCCUUAAAAAUUCCAUCAGAAGUCGUCUUGAUGGUAGGCCAAAUUGGCUCAAAGAAUUACCUUGGGCGUUGAUGGGGCUAAGAAACAGCCCUAACACGGAUUCGGGUGUUGCUCCGUCUGAAAUUGUAUUUGGCAAGAAGCUUCGCCUUCCGUUAGAACCUCCGGGGCCUUUGCUCCCAAUUCCGCCAUCGACUUUUGUUGAACACUUACGCUCGGCAGUUGCCAACCAACUUGUAAAACCACCACAGUGGCAUUCGACGAGUAAGUCAAGGAAGGAAAACGUUCCGAAAGAAUUGAAUUCUUGCAAAAAGGUUCUAAUUCAAGAAGAAAGAAAACUUCCGGGCUUAAGGCCAAAGUUCCAAGGCCCUUUUGAAGUGUUAGAACGAUCAAACAAGACUUUAAAAGUGCGCUUACCGUCUGGUGAAGAAACAGUGUCUUUGGACCGUACCAAACCAUUUUUCGAAUGA